AUGCCUAUUCUUGGUGAUGACCAGAAUGGCGCGGCGAGCCGAGGCCACAUGCUUGGCACUUUUGGUACUGCCGCUAACAGCACCCACGGGCCGGGCGUCGCGUCGGUCGUGAUCGGAAAGCGCGAAAGUGAAUGGCACUUAACCGCGGGCCCGUUGCGGCGGCUGGACGUGAAAGUGCAUCGUGACGUCCCCCCGGCUCCGGGCUGUGUGCGCGUCACUGGCCUCGCGCCUCGCCAAGCCACCGAGGGACGUGCCAGCCGUGACGUCAUCAACACCGACCUCCGUCGUGUCCACCAACAUAACGCCAAGAUCACCGACUCGUGUUGCUAUCCUAUGUUGGCAGAUUUGAUAAGGGAACACGUGGACCGUGCCUGGGACGCUGUGCACGCCGUACAACAACCCUGGUUUGCACCAAUGUUUCCGAUUCUUAUGUAUAGCUCCGAGCAC